CCUGCUGGAGUGCAGGAGUACAGAGGUAUAGAAUAAAUAAGAACUAUAGGUUAUAGUCAUGUGUAAAAGACUGUGAGAGUAAACUGAAAUAAAGUUUCACAAUCUGCAAAGGUUUGAAAUUUGUUGAUAAAAUUUCCACUUUUUUAUUUUUUAGGUGACUAAAGCUGUUCUUGCUGUCAUGCCCAGGAAAGAUAUGUAUCUAUAAACCAACAUUGUUGGUACCCUGCAAAUCAAGAAAAUGGAGAAUUCAUCUUCAGGAACAGGGAGCAUUUCAAUAAACUGCACCAAGUCUGGACGACAUAGUUAUAUUUUUAUUAUGAUUCCAGUUGUUUAUAGUUUUAUAUUUAUUGUGGGAUUUUUGGGUAAUAUCAUGGUUGUCCUUAUGAUCUAUAAAAUCAUGAAGUUAAAAACAGUGGCAAAUGUUUUUAUGCUGAACUUGGCACUAGCUGACCUGUCAUUCCUGAUCACAUUACCCUUGUGGGCAGCUUACACAGCAAUGGGCUACAGGUGGCUAUUUGGUAGUAUCCUGUGCAAACUUACCUCAGGCCUCAUCACCUUCAAUUUGUAUGCAACAAUAUUUCUUCUUUCAGGCCUGAGCAUAGACCGCUAUCUUGCCAUAGUGAGACCCAUGCAGUCACGACCUAGACGUACUGUACUGUAUGCAAGAAUUACUUGCAUUCUCAUAUGGAUCUCUGCCUUUUUCUUAAGCUUGCACAUUAUGUGCUAUCGGGAUGCCAUACUGAUAAAAAAUCUCAACAUAACAGUGUGUGGUUUAUAUGACUCAAGCAAACUCAAAGAAAUUGCAUUAGUGAAUGGCUUACUCAAAAGUAUUUUGGGAUUUUUCAUUCCCUUGAUAAUAAUAAUUACAUGCUACUGUCUGAUUGGCAAGACACUGGUGAAAGCAUAUCAAAUUCAGAAGAGCAAAUACCAAAGUGAUGAAGUCCUGAAGAUGCUGGUUGCCAUUGUGGCAGCCUUUUUCAUCUGUUGGGUGCCCCAUCACAUCUUUAACUUUAUGGAUGUGCUUGUCCAUUCAAAAGUAAUACAGAAUUGCCAUGUAGAAGAUAUAAUUGACACAGCCAUGCCUUUUACCAUCUGCUUAGCUUUCCUCAAUAGCUGUCUGAAUCCUAUAUUAUAUGGGUUUGUGGGGAGAAAUUUUCGGAACAAUAUGAAAAGGCUGGUAAAAUGUUUGCCACCCGUAGCAAAAUCGCAUUCAAGCCUUUCCACAAAGAUCAGCUCCCUCUCUUACCGUGGAUCUGAAAGCUUUCACUUAACAGCAAGCAAGCAAACUACCCCUAUUGGUACGUAUUGAAUGAUCAAAUAUGCAAAAGCAUCAAUCUAAAAAAGGAGAAGGAAGGGCAUCAGGUGACCAUUACAUUAAAUCACCUUGUAUUAAUGCAUGCUGGUAAAGACAGUUACUGUAUAUUAAGAGCCCACACAAAAUGUCAAAAGGAACUUAUCGUUAUUUAACUGGAAGUAUGAUUUUCACGGCAGGGACCAUAUUAAAUUACUGCAUAGGUACAGUGAAGGCCUUUUUUUUAAACAGAAAUGUAAAUUUAUAUAAGAUCAAUCAUCUUUAUUCACUAUGCAAAGGUCAAGAACUGCACUAGUGAAUUUUUAUCUGGAAACUUUAGUGUGCCCUGUUCAAAUGCCCAACAUCUCAGAAGAGCACACGCUCCUUAGACUACAAGAUCUCCAGACACAUUUCCAGUUUAAACUGUACCUCUUCAUCUUUUCAGCGUUGCUCUUUUCAGUUUAACGUACUGGGUUUGGUAAGAGAAGAUAUUUUUUGCCACAAAGCAAAGUAAUUUUUUUAUUUAGUUUGGCCACUUUAUAUCAUUUCUAAAUCUGUAUGGAAUGUUUUAAUGUAAAUUUAAUUCUACUUAUGCCAAUGCGUAUACAUCUAAAUAUAAACCUGGGUGAUGAUAAUGGUUGUACAUAAAAUAUACAGUAUAUAUUUAUUGCACUGGUACUAUUUUAUUAAUAUUACUUUUAAUAACAUUUCCCUAUGUGAAAGAACUACAAUAAAACAAUAUAUGGUAAUACCAUUAUUUAUAUCUUAAAUUAUGUGAAACUGAUUCCAUUGAUUUACUAAAGUCCUGAAUUUUAAACCAAAAGGUUGACAGUUCUAUACUCACCUGUGACUUACGGUGACCCUGAAAAAGUCACUUACCUUGCCUGUGCUCCAAAUGGGAAAAUUUUCCGGUAACAGUUAUAUACUAAUAUUGUAGGGUGUCUUGAACAAAAGUGUCAGCCAGAUAUACAAUAACAAGAGACACUAAAUAGUUUUUCUUCAAUAACUAAGCAUUCUCUACAAAGCUGAUGGCUAAAGAGCCAGUAUCAUUUCUCACCAUAAUGGAUGAAUAACUAGGUCUCCCUGUCCAUUACAGAUGAGGCAAAUUUUGUACAUUUUGUAAAUAUGUACAUAUUGAAAAUGCUACUAGUAGCCCCAACUGAAAGUAGUUUUUCUCUUGAAUAUAAUGUUUUUGCUGCAAUACCUGCAAAAUAAUGUUCAACACUUGGCAGAUUGUGUGGACAAAUAGUCCGCUGUUGUUUGUUUUUGGAAUUCCAUUUUAGCAUCUUCUAUCAUUUUGUCCCAUGUUCAUCAUUUCCCUUCAGCUUUUCUAUGUAGCUGAGCUUUCUAUAAUGCCUCUUCUUUUCUCAUUGUAUGACGUCUAUAUUUCAUGUUCAGAUUAACUGUGAACGAUCUAGUAGAAACUUACUAAUUUUUCCAUCUUGCAACUUGAAGGACAUAUAGCUAUAUCAUUGUUUAUCUUGUGUUUGUUGUCAAUGCAAUAUAUGUUGGAUUUCAGUCAUAAAACCUGUUUCUUAGGAAGGCUUCAGGGAGUUCCUUGACAGUAUUACAUAAUAUUUUCUUUCCAACUAUAUAAGAAGUAGCAACAAAUAUACUGUAUGUAAACAUAACAGUUAAAGUUUGCAUGAACUUAAAACUCGUGAAAUAUAUUGUUAUUUAUGUCUUAGAUAUUAGAUGCCACCAGUACAUUGUAAAUAAAAUUGUAUAUUUCUAUCAAGUAUACAAAGCUAUAUUUAUUACAGAAUUGUAAAAUGUAUUCCUGUGACAAAUUUUAAAGUCCUUUAUUAAUGUAACCUUACAAUCUAAUAUGUAGGUUUUAGGUGUGCAUCCAAAACAAAUAUACAGUCUAUAAGAAACAAGGAAUAUGUCAAAAGUUGUAUUUUCUUUUUAGGAACAUUGUUUACUGUUUUAUAUUUGGAUCAUAUUUUUUUCAUUUCAGGUCCAGAAAUAUUUAGUGUGAUAUUCUGAUCCAAUAGGCUGUUUAGUUUAACUGUUACUUUUACAGCGACUCCUGUAUGUGUAAGUAAAAAUAAUAAAUUAGUAUUAUUUAGAAAA